AUGCCUCACGCUCAUCUUUUGGUUACGUUAGCUAACAAAGUUGACACGCCUGAGAAGAUAGACUCCAUUAUAUCGGCUGAGCUUCCGGACUACCCAAAGAGAGAUGAUCCAGAGAGGGAACGUAAAUUGCGGCUUUUCGAGCUCGUACGAAAACAUAUGAUACAUGGACCUUGCUCUGAGCGGCCUGAACUUGGAUGCCGUGAUGCUAAUGGUGCGAACUGCUCGAAAGGAUAUCCGAAACCAUAUAGAAAUUUUACUGAAUUGUGCAGUGGUGGUUAUCCACUUUAUCGGAGAAGGGAUGAUGGUCCGGAUUCUGUCGUGUUGGAGCUACUGCACAAUGAUGAUUUGAUGAAGAAAAAUGUGUACUUGAAUGAGAAGAAGGAGAAGUGCUUGAAUCUCGAUAUGCGGGAAGUCUACAGGCUGGCUCGUUAUGUGUCUCACAUGGAAGCAGCAUAUCGCAUAUUGCGUUAUCCUAUGCACUACACGAUGCAUACUGUUAUCACGCUCAUACCGCAUCUACCAAAUGAAGAACCGAUAUAUUUCACGAGCACGGCAAAACCACCGAAAAGGAAAAAGAGCAAGCUGUUGGCUUACUUCGAUCUUGUGAAAGAAGAUGACCGUGCUAGAAAUAUGACAUGGGUGGAAGUUGCUGAAAACUAUCGCUUCACCGGUACGAAAUAUGUACCUUAUAAACGCAAAGGAUUACGCAUAGCCAGAUUGAGUUUAGUGAAUCCGAAAAUGCUUGAAUUAUAUGCUCUAAGGAAACUUCUGCUGUACAAAAAAGGUGUGCAGAGUUUUGAGCAUUUGAGAACUCACCGUGGUAAAGUAUACAAAUCUUUUAUGGAAGCCGCGCAAGCUGCUGGUUAUAUAGAGAAGACCACGGAAUGGGAAGAUUGCUUGCGGUCUGCUUCAGCAACAGAUAUGCCAUCGUAA